GAGCAGCAAGCGUUGUCCUCCUGAUCUGUGUGGCUUGCCUGCUCUCCAUCGUGCAAUGGAGAAAAAGGUCUGGAAAGGGGAAGAUGCCUGAGGGACCAGCUCCCCUUCCCAUUGUAGGGAACAUACUGCAGGUGAAACCAAAGGAUUUAGCCAAAACUCUUGAGAAGCUCUCUGAAAAGUACGGGCCGGUCUUCUCAGUGCAACUGGGUUCAACUCCAGUAGUGGUGCUGUCUGGAUAUGAGGUGGUGAAAGAAGCCUUGAUUGAUCGUGCGGAUGAGUUUGCUGCCAGGGGACACAUGCCUAUUGGAGACCGGGCUAACAAAGGAUUAGGCAUUAUUUUCAGCAACAACGAGGGAUGGUUACAAGUUCGGCGGUUUGCUCUCACCACUCUGCGCAACUUUGGGAUGGGGAAGAGGAGCAUAGAAGAGAGGAUCCAGGAGGAAGCUGAGCACUUGCUUGAAGAGAUCACAAAAACAAAUAGUACGAUCCGCUUUUAAUAUCGCCUACGUUUG